AUGUUGGUAUUUGUAAUUUUCUAUUUUUUUGACUUAAUCAUAUUCUAUUUGUAAUCAUUAUCAAGUAUUAAACUAUCUAAUAUAUUUCUAGUAGUUUCUUCAACUCUUGUGAUAGAGUUUAAGUAAAUAGGUUAUUUUUCGUAUCUUGGAUAAAAUAUAUAAAUUAAUAAACUCUAAAAUGAAAUUUAUGAUUUAAAAUAAAAGAUAGGGUUUAUUGCAAGAGAACAUAAGUAAUAAAAAUAAGAUAUCUAAAUUAUAUUAGGAAUUGAUAUAGAUUUAGAUCAAUUGUUUACAAAUUCAUUUGCUGAAGGAUUGUGGAAAUUAAAAUUAUAAAAGAAAGCUCUUCAAAAAUUGGAAUCAGUUACAAUUUUAUUAAACGAGGCAGAAACAAUGAUAUUUAAAUUGUAAAAAGAAAAAGAGUUAUUGAAGAAAGAAGAGAGUGUGAAAUUAGAAAUUAGAAAUAUAUUAAUGCAGAAUAAUAGAAUUAAAUGAAGAGAAUACAAAAUUAAAAGGGUUUUAAGCAGAAAAGAAAUCAAAAUUAGAAUAAAUUGAAUAGGAAUAAAUAAUAAAGUUUUAGAGACUGCGUAACAAUAAUUAUAGGAGAAUCAUUAAGUGAUAGAAAAAAAAGUGAAUGUUAUUAUUAAUUUACCAUAAGUAAUAUAAGCAAAAACUCAAGAAGUUUAAAAUCAUGAAGACAUCAAAAGAUUAGCAAAACUUGAUUAGAAAAGGAGUACAAAUUUUAUUGUAAAUUUGAAGUUUUGAAAUACAUUACAGAUUAGUAUGAAAAAUACUUAUUAAAGGAAAAUGAAGAAAUAGAACACUUUAUUCAUUAAUUUAAAAAAUAUUAAGAAAAAAAGAAGUAAUUACCUUAAAUUCGUUUUAUAGAAUGUAAAUAAGGAAUAUGAAGUCUGAAUCAUUUGAUUUAUUUGAUAUAUUAAGAGAACAUUUAGAGUGAUUGAAAAAAAUAGAGAGAGGAGCUUAUAGUUCUAAAUAAGAUCAUUCAAUAUUUCUGCUAGAGAUAAACGUCAUAUUAAAUUUUGUUAGCCUUUUCACAUUUCUUGAUUAUAGAAGUUUAAAAAAUAUUCAAUAUGAUGGAAUUAAAACUAAGGUUGCUUUAUAGCCUAGAACAUAACAAUAUUAAAAUGAAUCUAUCAGAAAUGGAGGAACCAAAUUUAAGAUAGUUUGCUAAUAUGAUAAGAGAUGAACUAGUCUAAGUUUUAAUGAGAGAAAAAGAACUAUAAAAACAAGUAGUUGAAUUAGAGAUUCUAUAAUUAAAUAAUGAUCUAAAUACUUUAAUCAAAGAAAGAGAGGAAAAUAAAUAACUUUACUUAUGA